AGAGCAGACAACCACCUUGUAAACAAAAACAGUAUCUUAGACGUAACUCAAAGGUUGCACAGGUUUAUUAAUAUUCUUGUCAGUGAAAAAUCAUCUUUAUGUGUAAAAUUUAAACUUAUAAAUAAUAAAUUGUCUUAGAAAUCAUUGUUGAUUACAAUAAUAUGGCGAUGCUUCCUGCUUUCCUGAAGUCGCUAAGAUCCGUUGUACUUUCUAUAACCCAUCGUAAUAGGUCGUACGCGGUCAAUUACGCAGGUACUCAAGGCAGAAAACCAACCGCGAUGCAUGAAAGUGAUAUAGUUCCUGCUCAUCACAUUGCUCUACAGCAUCUCGAUCGAGUUGCAAUAAAAGACACUUAUGGUUCCCACACCUACUUGGAUGUGUUACAGAAGGCUGUUAGGCUGUCAAACCUAAUAAAUGACACUGUUGGUCCAGGAAAGAGUCAAGAAAGAAUUGGAUUUCUCUGCCCAAAUGAUUCCACAUACAUCAUAUCCCAAUGGGCCUGUUGGGCUGCUGGUCACAUUGCUGUGCCACUCAGUCCUGUACAUCCCCCUUCUCUAUUAGGGUACUACAUAAAGGACUGUAAUGCUGCAUUAUUGAUUGCAUCUCAAAGUCAUUCCAAAUUGCUUUCUGCAGUUAAAAAAACAGUUGGAAAUGAAAUUCAAUCUUUAAUUCUUGAAGAAUCUUGGCAACAGGAAACAAAGACAAAAUGUAUGUCCUCCCAACUAGACUCCAUCCUCAGUGGCACAAAAUCAAUUGAUUUCUAUCGCGAUUCUGAUGCGAUGAUGUUAUACACUAGCGGAACUACUGGAAAACCGAAAGGAGUUUUGCUGAGUCAUAAAAACAUCAAUGCUCAAGUACGCAUGCUAAUUAAGGUGUGGCAAUGGACCAAAAAAGAUGUCAUUGUUCAUGCACUCCCACUUCAUCACACCCAUGGGGUCAUAAAUGCUCUACUGUGUCCCCUCUAUGUAGGAGCCAGUUGUAUUAUGCUACCUAAAUUUGAUUCCAAAACAAUUUGGGAUAAUUUCCUAAAUACUAAUGUGAGUCAAGAGGAGAAACCGACCCUCUUCAUGGGUGUACCCACCAUGUACAGCAAGCUACUUGCACAUUAUGAUACUGCUUUUGGAGAUAAUCCCCGGACGAGAGAAUAUGUGAAAGCGAGCAUCUCCAACAACAUCAGGGUAAUGAUUAGCGGGUCUGCGGCUCUGCCUGAGCCGGUGUUUCAUAAAUGGAAAGCGGCAACAGGACUUGAAAUUGUAGAACGUUAUGGAAUGACAGAAAUUGGUUCAGUUUUGUCAAUCCCCUUAGAUGGAGAGAGACGCGCCGGCUACGUCGGGGUUCCAUCCCCGGGGGUUAGCAUCAGACUAGUUGAAUUUCAGCCCUCUUCUCUUGGAGCUAAAGCAAAUUAUGAAGUGUUAUUCGAAACAAGCCAUGAACAAUUUUCGUCUCACAUGAAAAACGAUAAAGUCAUAAGCGGAGAUCUUCUUAUAAAAGGACCAAACGUUUUUAAAUGCUACUGGAACAAACCAGAAGCUACAGCGAAAGACUUCACUGCAGAUGGAUGGUUUCGAACUGGAGAUGCAGCUCAAUUUGACAAUGGUUAUUUCAAGAUCCUUGGUCGUCUUUCAGCAGACAUUAUCAAAUCUGGUGGCUUCAAAAUCAGCGCUCUUGAAAUUGAAACACACCUUCUUGGUCACCCCGAAAUUGCAGAUUGCACUGUGUUUGGAAUCCCUGACGUAACUUGGGGACAAAAGGUAGCAGCUGUCAUCGUGCUCGUGAAUCCUGAAAAAAGCAUAGACCUAGUAGCUUUAAAAAAAUGGUGCAAAGAAAGAAUGGCACCUUAUAUAGUGCCAAGUGAAUGGCGAAUUUAUUCCGAACUACCUCGGAAUGCGUUAGGAAAAGUUAAUAAGGUAGAAUUCGCCAAAGUAGCAUUCAGUGACAAACCGGUUGCUAGCAAACUUUAAAUAUUUGGUCUAUGUAGAGAACCAAGGGAGUAUGUGGCAACAGACGUUAGAUUUUAAGUUUUUCUUAUCGUAUACAGUGAGACAGUGACAUUCGGUUAAUAAUACAUGCCUUCAUGUCUGUCA